AUGUAUCAACCGUUUGCUUAAGGAAGUAAUAGGGCAUUUUAAAAAACUAGUGGAUAAACACAAAUUCCAUAACAAUAAUAGCCUAUGAAUUAUCAAAGAGUUUAUCCUUCAUCUAAUUAGUAAUAAUUUUAAAAUGUUCCACCUAUCCCAGUGAAUUAAUAAGUAAAGCCUUCCACUGUUGUGUUACCUUAGUAGUAAGUAAAAAGCUCUACAUAACAAUAAGCAGCUCCAUUAUCUGCUUAAAAUAUGAACAGAUAAUCUUAAUAGGCUUACUUCCCCCAAUAGCAAUAGCAAAAUCUCCCCAGUUAACGAUUUUCUCAGUACUCAUAAUAAUAAAAACCACAAUAAUUUAAAAUAGUUAAUGGAUCUUAAUACAGUUCAACUUCAGCUACUAGUCUACAAUCCUAACCAAGCUCUUAAAUAACUUAAAAAACGCAACCAUAGUACUAUUAGCCUUAAACGCCUUAACAAUUUAGCUCUGUUCCUUCCUAACAAACUUCUAAGACCUCCACCAUGUAUUAAGGAGUACAAACAUACGAUCGUAAGCCAAUUCCUUAAUAAAUUUAAUUUUAAAAUUAGCAAGUCUCUUCAGUUCCAAUGACUUAUUAGUAGUAUGUUGCUUAAAGUAGUGUUUAAUAAUAGCAAUAACUACAACAAUAAUAAUAAUAAUAAUAAUAAUAAGUUUAAGUUUUAACAUUAAAUUAAAAGUAAAACAAAUUACUAACAUCCAUACAAUAACUUUAGCAUUAAAUUUAAAGCUUAACUUAGAAUUAUCAAUAAAGGAUUUAACAAAGGAAGAUGGCAACUGAAGAGCUUAACAUUUAAAAAACUAGCUUCAGGUUAUAAGUAGAAAAUAUUUAUAACUAAUGCAGAAAAUUGUCUUCAGAAUACCCAACAAUCCUUUGUAUUGUAACUCGUCUCUCUUCAGGAGAUAUAGGAAUCCGCCGCGCAAAUGGUACUAAUUAAACUGAAAGAGAAAUUAAUCAUUUAAUAUCUCUUAUUGAAGAUAUAUACUUAUAAUUUACUCCUUAAAAGCUCGUUUAAUAAAGCUUUUUGCCAGUUACUAAUUAAAACGAUUAACUUGUUAAGGUUAAUUAAGGUAGUAAUACUAGAGAUUCAAUAAUAUCUACAACUACAAACAUAAAUGUUAAAAAGUCUACUGAAAAUUUAAAGACCAUAAUUGAAGAGAGCAGAGAAAAGCCUGUCUAAGAAAAAGAAAAUAGCCAUUAUUAUUCUCCUAUUGUUCAUGCUUAUGCUAGAGGAAGAGAUGUGUAAGAAAACUUAAAUUAGAGACAAAGAGAAGAGGACUAAGAUAUUCAUUAAUAUGGUUCUACUUAAAAAGAAAGAAUGAAUACCUCACCAGAUUUAAUACAAGUAACUGAUCGCGGAUACUAAGCUGAGCGCUAAUCUUACAGAACAGUAACUUAUACUCCAUCAUAAAUUGUAUCAAAUAGCAAAAACCCAUUUACACCUUCAUAAACACUCUAAAAAUAAUUUACAUUUAGUGAAGGUGUGCUCAAUAGCUAAGCAAAAUAGAAUGGAUCUUACUAUACAUAAAGAAAAGAUUAAUAAAUUGUUCCUAAUUAAAUUUAAUUUAUGAAUUAAGAGAUAGAUAGUGAAAAAGUCAAAAGAGCAAAUGCCUAAUCUGUUGUUGGAAAUACUUUAAAAACAUAAGGUCCUACUUCCUAAACACCUCUUUAUGCAGAUACUUCGAGUCAACAAAGGGUUUCAACUAUCCCAUAAUAGAACUAUGUCUAUGACUAGUUUAAGUAAGCUCAAGAUUUCACUAAGCUCCUCAAAGACACCAACUAAUUCAAAUUAGAAACUACUAACAAAGACUUGUAAAAGUUAAUGGAGGAAGAAAAAUAUGAAUAGGUUUCUGAAUAUGCCUACUAAACUUUAACUGUUAUUGAUAGAUAAAUUAUUAAUAUGAAAGCAACGGUAGAAUCUGCAUUAGAGUAAACUGAACUAGUCAUGACUAAGAAUCUUCUAUUAGACAUAAUUGAAAACCUUCGUCAGACUGUUAAGAGUAAAGAAAUUGAUAUCUCCCACCGUGUCAUAAACAAAAUUUAAAAGAAUACAGCUCGUUUAUUGAAAGACAAAACAGCAUCAUACAGUCUGUAUCUUUAUCUUUAAAAAAUAAUAAAUUACUUGAAAGAAAGAGAGAGUAUUUUAAACACAUCAAUUUAGGCUAAUGAAAUGAGUUUGCUAAACUAAACUGACCACAGUUUUUGGAUGAAUACAAAAAUAGACAAUAAUGAUCCAAAGCAAAUAAUGCCUAUUAUCGAAAAUGCCAAAAAAAGUAAUAGUGCUGAAACAACUUCAUUAAACUUUUAAUUCUUUUUAAGAGAUAAUAUGUUACUCGACUUGCCAACUUAUGUACCCAUGAAAGAGUAAAAGCGUUUAGAGGAAGAAGUGAGAUAAUCCAUUUAGUAAGGAGUAACCAGUUCAACUGUUUAAGCUCCUAACCGCUUUUCCUUUUAACCUAAUUAAAAUAGUUAAUUUAAUUAAAAUGUCGUAUCCAGUGGAUUAAAACCCUCAUAAUUCUAAAGUUAAUUAGCUGAAUCCUAAUUGACAACUUAGUCUAUAAAUGCUAAAUAAUUUGGAGUAAUCUAACCUCCUGAAUACGUUCCUUAUAGUUAAUCUAAAUCAUUAGAAAGACCUAAAAGUGCCUAAUCUUUGAAUGUUUUAGGUUAUCGUUCUCCUGUAAGUAACUUGAAUCCUACUACUGACUCACUCUAUUCAAAUAACACUGUUUCUAAUAUUGGUGUUUCUCCUAAUAUUCUUUAGACAAACGAGACUAGAGGUAAUAAAUUUUUGUAAGAUUUUGACACUCUUAAAAGAUCCGCUUCAAUUCCUGCAAGAAUGUUUGUAUAAGAAGAAAAUGUGAAAAAGAGUACUCCAAACAAAGACAAAGUUGAUGGAGUACUACUUAACGAGCAAUUUGCACAUUAAAGAAAAUUAAUUAAGACUCAAUUUACUACUUCCCCAAAUAAAACUGUUCCUGUUAUAAAACAAUCUGAAUAAGCUACUGAAAAUCAUAGCAUCUAAAAUACUCCUUCUAUGGCAGAAAGAAAAAUUAUAUAAAUUUAAAAGAUUGCUUCUUUCAGUGGUGCUCAAGAGUCAAAUAAAAACUCUGACGUCAAGGUAGUCAAUCCAAGCAACAACAACAACAAUUACUCCAUAAGCCAUUUAAUGACCCCUCCUGGUACUCAAGUUAACAAAAUUUUCAAUGAUGCCUCUUUUGCAGUUCAAUCUAGUAAUAAUACUAGCAAUUUGGAUAACAUCUUAAACAAGUAUAAAGUUGUUGAUGUAGAAAGAGAAAUCCAAUAAGGUUAAGUAGUUUAAUAAAUUAAUUAAGUUUAGUCUAUUUCACUAUCAAAUAACAAAGAUAUUUCAAAUAAUGAAGCAAUUGUUUAUUCUCAAAUUGAAGUUGCAAGCAAAAAAGAAGAUGAAAAAGUUAAAAGAUCUCAAUUAUCUUCUAAUGUAGCAGUAAAUCCUUCUUCUGUCAUUGAUAAUAACAGAGAAAAUAAUCCUAACCUUUCAGUAGGAGUAAAAAGACAAGUAAACCUAUAAUAUGAAUCUAUACUUGAGAAAUAUAUUCCAAAUAAUAAUUAAAAAUCACUUGUUUCUAAGUAUAGCUUGCCAUAGAAUACUAGGCCUGCUUUAGAAUAAGUUAAUCUUUAAUCUACUAAUUAAAAUUAUUCAACUUAAAACAUAUUUAAGAGUCCAUCACAGAUUAAUCAUAAUGAUCCUCUAUAAUCUGUUUCAGAUAAAUACAGUAUCAUAAUCAACUAAUAAUAGGAAUCCCUUUAAAGAACUUCUCUCAACUUCAAUACUUAGCAGCAACAAAAGAAAUUUUAUGAUUUAGCUCUUAAAGUAAAAUCAGAAUUCCCAAAAACUCAUAAAGCUAAUACAGUUCUUGUCAAUCAAAUGUGGGACUUGGCUCAAGAUAUCCCUGAGAAUUAAUGGAGAGAUUUCAUUCUUCAGUAAUGCAAUUCUGCUAAAUGA